AAAGUUUUGCUAAGAGGAACAUUUCCGGGGUUAAAGUUUAACUUCCGGGUUAUUUAGCUAACAUGGCGGAUAAAGAAAAAAAGAAGAAGGAGAGCAUCUUCGACUUGUCCAAAUACAUCGACAAGACGAUUCGUGUUAAGUUUCAAGGAGGCCGAGAAGCCAGCGGGGUCCUGAAAGGAUUUGAUCCUCUUCUGAACCUGGUGCUGGACGGCACAAUCGAGUACAUGCGUGAUCCAGAUGACCAGUUAAAGCUGACAGAAGACACCCGACAGUUGGGGCUGGUGGUCUGCAGAGGAACCUCCGUAGUGCUGAUCUGUCCUCAGGAUGGCAUGGAGGCCAUUCCAAACCCAUUCAUCCAGCAGCAAGAUGGAUAACUACAUGCUGCUAAAUGUCACUGUUGAUUUUCUUUUUUUUUGCCAUUUAGUUUAGUUUAAACCAUUACAAUACACUUAUGUCAUACAACUUGCAUGUUGUUUUAAGUUCAUCAGCAAAAUAAUGCUCAGUUGCACUUCAGUUUUAUUGUCCGUCAUGUGCAAACUUUGCAAAACUUUGUGUUGUAAAAAGUAAUUUGUUACUGUGGAAACAAAUGAAACAAUUUACUUUUUAUCUACAAUGGGUAAACCUUUUACUAAUCUUUGUUUUUGAUAAGAAAAUAAAGUAAAAGAAGUGGUGUGUUCUGGA